UGCUGUUGUCAAUGCAUGGAAGAAGCUGUCGUCAUGUCCUAUUUUCUCCAUUUUAAUUUGGCUAAUGUUUUGGUAGGCGUCAGUUUGCUGUUCGCGGAAUAGGCUGACAAAUAAAUAAUGGGGAGAAAAAAGAAGAAGCAGAUGAAGCCCUGGUGUUGGUACUGUAACAGGGAUUUUGAUGAUGAAAAGAUUCUCAUUCAGCAUCAGAAGGCCAAGCACUUUAAGUGUCACAUAUGUCACAAGAAGUUAUACACUGGUCCUGGUCUGGCCAUCCACUGUAUGCAGGUUCACAAAGAAACCAUUGAUGGUGUCCCUAAUGCAAUACCGGGAAGGACUGACAUAGAGCUGGAGAUCUAUGGAAUGGAGGGUAUUCCAGAGAAAGAUGUGGAGGAGAGGAGACGCAUGCUUGAACAAAAAACACAGGAUAAUCAGAAGAAAAAACAGCAAGAUGACUCAGAUGAAGAUGACGAUGAUGAAGAGGCUGGUCCCUCCUUCCAGCAGCCAGCAUCAACCGUUCAGCCUCAGGGAUCUUAUGUCCCUAUGACCCAACCAGGAAUGGCCCCUGUCCCAGCGCCAGGGAUGCCACUUGGAAGCUACUCAGGAAUGCCCCCAAUGAUGCCUGGUGUCCAUCCGAUGAUGCCAGGGAUGCCUCCUGUCAUGCCCAGAAUGCCUCCAGGCAUGAUGCCAAUGAGUGGGAUGAUGCCACCUACACAUGGGAUGCCCCCAAUGAUGCCUGGCAUGCCACCAGGAUUGCCUCCUCACAUGGGUCAUCACCCUGGCAUACCCCACAUGGCUCAGGCCCCUCCCACUACCACCCGGCCAGCUGUGCCUGCCACCACAGUGUCCACGCCACAGCCGAGUGUCUCCAAGCCACUGUUUCCCAGCGCAGGACAGGUCCAACAGGCUGGUUCUGGUGUAGCGGCGAGCUCCUCUGCACCACCUUCUGCUGCUCCCAAACCAACAUUCCCAGCUUACACCCAGUCCUCCGCCACUGCUGCGGCCAACACCAGCAGCACUGUGGCCAAACCGGGCACCCCAGUCACAAGUAAGCCUGCCACCCUCACCACCACCAGUGCAACCAGUAAGUUGAUCCACCCUGAUGAAGAUGUAUCACUGGAAGAGUUGCGAGCACAGCUGCCUCGCUACCAGUGUAAGAUCCCUAGUGCAGGACAGGCCCAUGUGACUUCCCCACCAGCUGCACCAAUGGGAGGUGUGCUGCCCCCUCAGCAGGGAAUUCCUGCACAACAGCCGGGUGUUAGGCAUCCCAUGCAAGGGCCGUAUGGUGCUCCGCCGCAGGGAGUUCCUGGGUACGUCCCAGGAGGAAUGCCUCCUUACGGUCAAGCCCCACCCAUGGUCCCUCCCUUCCAGGCCGCUCCCCCUCGGCCUGCCAUAGGCCUGAGACCUCCUGUAAUGUCUCCUGGAGGCCGAUACUGAAGCGUCACCACUGGUCUACAUUAGGUUUGCUGAUUCAACCAUUUUACCAUCUAGUGGCGUGCUUUACAAUCCAGAUCAGUAACCGUAACCCUUCUUGCAAUGAGGAGAUGUGUAGCGCAUGGGACAUUUAAUUAUUAUUUGGACCUACCCUUUGUUGCAGAUCAUACAGUCUGGCUUUUCUCUCAUGUUUUGUUUAGGUUUUUAGAAGUGUAGUAAAUAUGGUUCGUAUUAAUUUGAAGCGGCUGGAGUUUCGUACAGCACCUUUAUCAAGGCAAGUCACUGUAAAUAUACUACUGUAAUAAAAGUGUGAAGCCUUCGCAGCACCCAUAGGUGCUGUUGGGCGUCCCGUCCCCAGCGUUGCUUGGUGAGGGCUUCAGAUAGCGGUCACUGUUGGAUUGAUUUUUCUAAGUCUGGUUGUCUACAUUUACAGUGUUUUCUCUAUAGGGCCAAUAACAAAAGGAUUGCUGUGAAUGCUAUCUGUACUGUUCCACUAUGACUUGUAAUAAACUAUUGAAAUCUAACGGCUGUUUUUUCAUUAGCAAGUAAAGGACAACCUCACAAGGUUUGUACUACAAACGCUCCACACGAUGGCUGUUGUUUGUAUGAAAGCUGUGUUUGCAGUGUGCUGGAAUGUGUUUGUGGACGAGAGGAAAACUGACGCAUCUGCAUCCACGUUUGAUGUUCCUACUGGUCCUUUCAUAUUCUAGUUUGGAUUUAAAGGGGUCAAAUAAUGAGGAAUCAAGUUUUCAUCGAUAUUUUAAGAUAAAUUAGUUUGUACCAUGUCAACUUGAUUGUAAUUGUUAAGGUCUUUGGACACCGAGUCAGAAAUUUUCCCAAAAUUGAAAAAUAAAUGCGACCAUGUUGUAUCAAUCAUGUUUACACACUGCCUCCAAAACUUUUGUCUGUUAUAAAAUUUGGAUCAGGUUAGAUUUUCUGCAUUUUCGCAUCUGUAGCAUGCAUUUUGAUAGGAAAGGAUGGUGAAUAUGGAAAAACGCAUGCAAAAAUUUCGGAGUUGUUGUGCAAAGACCUCUACAACUCAAAAUCAUCCUCCUCAGUCCAAAAAGACAGCCAUGAUAACGUCUCACAACUUCUGAUAUCAGUGAACAACAGACAAACAAAACUGGCUGAAGGUCCCUCAUUAUUUUAGUUUGUGCUGCAACAGAAAGUGACAAGGCGAUAAAUGGAAAAACAAAAUGGAUUUACAACUAUUUUCGAUGGGAAAAAAAUAAUGUGAAUGUAUGAUGACCCCUUUAAAUUUUCAGCUUCUUAUGCAAGGACAUAUGGCUGCUAGACGAAAAGAAAAACAACCAUUCAAAAAGCGGUCUUCCUGAAAAUCACAGUCUUCUGAGAGAGAUUGAAAUAAUGCUUGUGAACCUGAGAAUCAUUUAUGUCCGGGCUACGGCUCAAUACUUGUGGUUUUCAGGAAGAGGCAGGUAAGAAAGUGACUGUAGUUCACUGUGGUUGUUGUCCUAAACUGAGGAUUUCUCUUCUCCUUGUAGCAUUGCCAUGGGACUGGCUGAGGCAGAGUCUCAGUGUUGCCCUGCACAGGCUGAGGCAAGUCUCACAUUUUCUCUCUUUACUCUGUAUUCAGGGAGCCUCGCAGCCACUUGGCUGUUGGGUACAAAUGUCCCCAAACUUAGAGCAAGUUUGGUGAUGGCCCCCGGGUUUAUUAAUAUUAGGGGUGUUCUCUUAAUUAAUUCAUAGUUUUAGCUAACGUUAAAAAUACAUGCUUCAAAAGUUUGAGGUCAGUAAGAUUUGUAAUGUUUAUUCGGCAAAAUGCAGUAAAUUGAUCAAAAGCGACAGUAAAUACAGUUGUUCCAAAUUUUUUUUUUUUUUUUUUUUAUAAAUUCUGGGAGAAAAGUUACACUUUUCACAAAAUUAUUUAGUAGGACAACUCUUAUUAUAAUAAUAAUAAUAAUAAUAAUAAUAAUAAUAAUGUGUUUCUUGAGCAGCAAAUCCACAUAUCAGAAUGAUUUGUGAAAGAUCAUGUGACAAUGUAGUAGUAAUGAUGAAGAAAAUUCAGCUUGACAUCACUGGGAUAAAUUAAAUUUAAAAUGUAUUAAAAAAAAAAAAACUUUAAAUUGCAAUUAUAUUUCAAUUUUUACUGUACUUUGAUGAACUAAAUACCGUCUCAGUGAGUAUAAGACUUCUUUCAAAAACAUUUAAAAAAAAUCUUACCAUCCUCAAUCUUUUGAACGGAAGAGUAUACACAAGUAAUAUGUUGAGUUGUUUUUAACCACAUCUAUGGCAGACUAUGAUUCUGACUCAUCUCUCAGUUUGUAAGAAACAAAUGGGAAAUGGAUACGCAUGAAUUAAAAUGAAAGUUUGUCAGUUAUUCAAACUAAGCCUUUAGAAAAAGCAACUUGCUCAUAAACAUGACACAUUAGCAUUAUACUUGGUGUGCUACUGCUAACCAAAUGUGUUUGUGCAGCUACAUGGAGUGGAUGUCUUUAAACUGCACCACAAGAAUUAUGUUCAUAAAACACAAGCGCUGCAUAUUACAAACUGAAAGAUGAGGUUAAAGCCUCAGAUUCUUUCAUUGAGCACUGUUGAAAAUCCAGAAUAUUAAUUUAAAUCUGUGGUAAGAUUUAUAUAUAUAUAUAUGUGUGUGUGUGUGUGUGUGUGUGUGUGUGUAUAUGCUGUUGAUACAUCAUAGAAGUUUCAUAAUAAGAAAUAAUAUAGUUGAGCAAUAGCACUGAGGAGUAAUGUGUGAUUUGUUUAACAAGCUCUUCUUUUGGUUUUGGAAGGGUUGGCAUGUUUUUUGGCAUUAAUGGUGUGAUUGAUGAUGGAUUUCUGUCCACAGUUUGGCGUUGAAAUCAAUCAACUAGGUUUCAUUUUGCAUCUAGCCAAAUGUAUGAAUCAGGUUGUGUUUUGUAAAUUACUGUCUGUGAGUAGUUUGUGGUUGUUUCUUUUAUAUGCCCAGUUGCUACUGUUCAUUUACUCUUAUUUUUAUUUUUUACAAAAAUGUAAUCCAGGACCCUCUUUAGAGGUCAGACUGAGUAGGUAUAAUUACUCUGGAUUUAUACAUCUCUGUUUACCUGCUGUUGAUGGGUAGAGAUUUGGUAAAAUACAAGUCAUUGCUUUCAUGUUCACUGUCAAAUAGUUCUUUGCCCGAGUAAGUUGACUGGUAAGUUUACGACUUGUAUGUGAAUCAGCAGUCCUUGUUCUCUAAAUCAUUACUCCUUUUCCUUUUUACAGGAAAAACUUUUUGUUUCAGAGUUUUAAAUAAAAUGAGCUUAUGAUCUGUC